CUACAUUGGCAUAGGUUCUUCAGAUACACUUCCUUUUGGGGUAGAAAUUGAAUCAGGGGAGCAAAAGCCUUAUGUUAGACUGCCCCACAUUUUUAUAUCAGCUGCCAGUUCACCAGAAGAAGAGAAUAAUGAGACCAACCUUGGUACUCCUGAAAGUAAUAGAGCUAAUUUUCCAGACGCUAGUGUCUCUGAUAAUACUACGUCAAGUGCAGGAGCAGUACCAGCGCAAAAGGAGGUUGAUGUUGAUGUUGUAAAGUCUGAUGCAUCUAAGGAUACUGAUACUUUAGAAGACAGUACUAUACAGGGAUUUGUUGAACCACUGAGCAACGAGGCUAAGACUGGCUCUCCAGAGAUUCCAAUUACACUGACUACAUCAAAUCAGAUAAUUACAAAUGAACAAGACUUUGAGCACACUGUGACAGAUAAAACAUCAAUAGGCACUACUCUUUCAGAGAUUGAAAAUAAAUUAGAGACUACCGAGGUUCCUGAGGACAAAUGUCAAUUGAUUUCUGAAAACAUAGAGUUUACAACAUCAGACUCAUCACAAGGUGAAGUUGUAAAACCUCUAACUGACCUGGCCUGUCAGGUUGUUGAAGAGUCACCAGAAUGUGUUCAGUCAUCUCAAGAGUCAGUUACUAUGAAUGAAAACAAAUCUCCCAAUACAAAACUUCCAGAAGAGGUUGACUGCUUGAGUAUCACGUCUCCAAAACUAGAAACCUUGAUUUCAGAUGUUAAAUCACCUGAAGGUGUCCAACAUCUUCAUGAGAAAAGUGAACAAGAUGUCUCUUUAUCUGUGCUUGAGCCACUUCCUAUCAAUGCUCCUACUGAGGAACUUACUAUCUCUAAGGAAGAUAGUGCAGUUGUUAAGAAUGAUCUGCCCAAUGCUGAACAAACUGAUGAACAAGCAGGAAAAGGCAUAUUUUCACUGUUCAGUGGUUCUACAGCAUCCCCACAACAAACUCCCUCCCAAACUGGAUUAUCAAUACUUGGGGGCAUUAUUCCUGGCUCAUCUACUAAAGAUACUCCUGGGACAGGAUUACUCUCCAUGUUUGGUGGGUCAAGUGCACCAUCUUCAUCUGAAUCCAAAGACAUGCCAUCACAGUCAGCACCACAAGAACCCCAGGGAAAAGGUCUGUUCUCUAUGUUUGGUGGUUCUAUUAGUCAACCACCAUCUGGUCCAAGGGGUCCAACUGCUGGAGGUGUGCGGCCUAGGGGGCCACCACCCAAAGAACCUCCAGGAAAAGGUCUCUUUUCCAUGUUUGGUGGAGCUGCGCCCCAACAAGCACCAAGUCCCAGGACUCAUCCAGGGGCUGGUCCUCCACCAAAAGGACCAGGAUCUUCUCUGUUUGGUGGCAUCCUACCAGGUUCAACAACGCAAAAAGACACCUCUACUACAGGCUUGUUCUCCAAGUUUGGUGGUCUUGGGGGUCAGCCCCAAACAGGGCCUAAAGUAGGCACACCUGGACAAACAGCUACACCACCAAAACCCAGUGGUCCAGAUAUUUCAGGGAAGGGACUGUUUGCCAUGUUUGGUGGACAGAGUCAACAGCCAUCAGAACCACAACCAACAGCUUCUAAAACAAGUGAAUCAGACACUGCUUUUAAAGUGCCAUCUAUGUUUUCACUUGGUUCAAAUACUGACGGCAAUAAAUCUAAAACUGGGUUUGGCCUAUUUAAUAUGUCCUUUUUGGAGGAAAGCAAAGCCGAACCAGAAAAAAAUGUUCCUGUUAAAGAGGAGGUUGUAGUUGAGUUAUUAAAGUCUUUAGAUACAGAAGCUCCUUCAGAAGAAGGAGAUAAUAACCAUGAUAAAACUGUAAAACAUGUACCCACUGAACCUGUUUAUACAAUUUCAGUUCAGAAAGAACAUCAUGUAGAGGACACAUGUCAAGAUGUCCAAGAUUCCAUCAAUGAUGUUUUUAAAAAUGUUAGUGAAGCUUUUGCUCCUCAAAGAGAUUCACAAGAAGACCUGGACAAAGAAACCACAAUGCAGUUAAACUUUUCUAAAAGUGCCUCAGAGACAGUUGAAACUUUUAUUGGAGAGUCAUCGAUCAAAAUUUCUGAGAAAGAGACAUUUGUGGAUUCACAAGAAUUUAAACAAGUCAGUGAAUCACAAUCAGACAUCCCAUGUGGACCUAAAGAAAGAGAAGGUGCAGUAAAUGUUGAGGAAAUAGUUGCACAAUCAGAAACUGCUAUAUUAGAAACAAAGAUUACUCAAAAUGAAUCUGAUAUAGCUGGGAUCAGUCAGUUAUCAGAAGAACAUGACUCCAUUCAAAUAUCAGAAAAGAAAACAGAUUCUUUGGAAAAAGUAGAAACCUUCGAUAUUGCUGUGGCAGAAAUUCAAGAUGCAAAGGCUAAAGAUGUGGACAUUCCUUCAGAGAAGGGAAAUGAAGAUGAUUUAACUGUUGCUGUGGAGACUGCAGUUGAAGAUGUGGGAAAAUCACACAAGGAUGCUAUAAAACGGUCUGAUGAAGACAGAGCAGUUACAGUUGAUGAAAAAUCAUCUGAGGAGCCUCUGAAGGCUGGCGAUGAAGAACAGACUUCAGCAGAUGUGAAACAAACUGACGAGACCUUGAGAAAUGCUGCUGAGAUACAGCCACCGGCUGUUGAUGUUAAGAAAUUACCUGAUGAGGAUUUGUUAGUCAGUGGUGAACAAAAAACAACUAUUUCCGAUGUUGAAAAAUCAUCUGAUGGUGCUUUGAUAGUUGCUGAUGAGCAACAAACAGUUGUAUCUAAUGUUGAUAAAGCGUCUAGUGAUCCAUUAAAGGUUCCUGGGGAGGAGCAAGCCACUCUCACAGGUCUCGAAAACCUAAAUAAAGAGGCAACUGACAUUGGUUCUGUCAAAGAAAUCGCAGAAAAAUCCACUGGAGAAAUGGAUGAAAAAGACUUGAAAGCUUCAUCUGUCGAAAUUCCAAAAGAACUGGCUGAAGAAAAAUCAGAAGAUAAUGUAGAUCCUGUGCAUAAAGUAAACAAAAUUUGUGAAAAUGAUAUUUCUGCAACAGUUUCAUCAUCAAGUGAAGAAAAAACUUUUGAAAACAGUUCAGUAGCACCUGCUGAUCCUUCAACACAUCAACAGCAUAGACCAGAAAUGGUCAGACCACCUGGCCCACCUGGUCAAAGAAUGGGAGCACCAAGAAUGGGAGGACCACAAAUGGGAGCCCCGAGGAUGACAGGACCAAGACUGGUUGGACCAAGGAUGGCUGGACCAAGAAUGGCAGGACCGAGAAUGGCUGGUCCAAGACAACCAGGACCACAGAGACCCCCUGAACCAUCUUCAUUUUCUGGCUUCAUGUCUAUGUUCUCCACUCCAAGUGCACCAAAUAAAUCACCAACUGUCGGUGGAUUUUUUUCAAGUUCACCAGGAUCCCUUUUUGGAUCAUCAUCUACUCCUCGUCAGCCUCAGCAGCAGCAACAACAGAAAAGCUCAUUUUUUGGUCUUCCAAGUAGCAUUGCGCCAGAAUCCAUCACCAGUGACCUGUUUGGUAUGUUCAAAGGUCAGGAGACAACAAAACCAGAGGAACCUGAACAAACUGGCACAAAAUCUGAACAAGCAGAAACUCCUGCAAAUUUGGCAAACCCUCAGGACUCUAAAAAGGCAAAUGCAGACAAUGUAACUUUAACUGAAGAUGAACAAGUUAAAACCACAGAGGAUUCUGACCUACCUGAAAAAGGGCUUGUUGAAGAGGCUGAAAGAAAAGACAAAACAGAAGAUGAUUCUCUCAUUGAAUCAACAGUAAAAACUGAAGACCCUGAACAAAAGACAGAGUGUCUGGAGGCUGUUGAGCAUUCAGAAGACCCUGUUACUGAAGAAUCUUCCAAAGGUGUACCAUCUGCAGCCCCUGAAACCAAAGGCAUGUUUGAUAUACCCAUUCUGUCUACUCCUAAAUUUGGCUUCAUGUCUGCAGCUACUGAAGGCACAACAUCUAUCGGAUCCCUUUUCUCCACUACAUCUUUAGCCUCUAAACCCUCAGAGCCUCAAAAGACAGAUGGCGGUCUCUUUUCAGGCUUUAAAAACCUUUCAGCUGGUAUUUUCCAGGAUGAAAAGCCAGCAGGAAAAGAGGAAACACCAAAUGCGUCAUCCGUGUUUGGAUUGAAACUGAGCUCAGUGUUUGGCACCUCCGACUCUCCCAACCCUGAAUCCACCCCACCUGUGAUCACAUCCCAGCCUCAGAGUGAAUCUCCUAAAUCGGCAGAAGAACUUGAUGAGCCAGACUCUGACAAACCAUCCCCAGGUUCUGGGGAAACAGAAAGUGCAGACAAUAGUGACAUUGAAGGACCAACAGAGACAUCUAAAACAGGAAGCUGUGACACCUUAGCACAAACAGCACAAUCUGGCCUCCCGUCUCUUUCAGGUUCUCUGUCAGAAAGCUUAGAUAAGCCUCAGGUAACAUUUACACCAUGUGAGUUAGAUAAGAGCGAAGAAAAUACACUUGACACCAGGCAAGCAGAGUUGAAAACUGAACAACCAAAAGAUGUAUUGAUGAAGGAAGCAGUGAAAAGUCCGUUGGACAGCAGCCAUUUUGACUCAUCAGGGAACCUGAGCCCCGUCAGUUCCCAGCUGAGCUCUGAACUCGAGGACCGCCACCCUCCAGAGUCCUGCCCCCCCAGCAGCACCCGUACGCCUCUGCGCAGUGAGGCCUCCAAGUCGUUUGAGGAGGAAGAGCUGGAGAAGGAAGCGAACGGACUUCCAGAAUCUGGUGUGAACAAAGACCGGAAAGAUUCAUCAGUUGUCUCCCCAAAGCUGAGCUUGGAAAAACACGAUGACACAAAUCUAACAAAAACUUGCCUCUUUGAUGACGGCCCACCGCCUUGUUCUCCAGCUAAAGUUCGCUGGCUGAAAGCUUACAACAAAGUGAGGUUACAACUCCAUGAGAGCCAAACGCAAGACGGUGACCCCAGCAAGCAGCCGUGGGCCAAGCCAGGGCCCAACCCACCAUUUGGCAUUGACAGCAUGCCAGAGCUCCGCAAGAAGAGGCCUAUCCCUCUUGUUAGUGAACUGUCCAUGAUUCAGUCCAGGAAGGCCAGACUCAACUACGCUCUGGCCACUCGGACCUCCCUAAAAGAUGAAGAGCUUAAAAACCAUGUUUACAAAAAGACUCUGCAGGCUCUGAUCUACCCCAUCUCCUGCACCACGCCGCACAAUUUCGAGGUGUGGACCGCCACCACGCCUACCUACUGCUAUGAGUGCGAGGGUCUGCUGUGGGGCAUCGCUCGGCAGGGUAUGCGCUGUGCAGAGUGUGGGGUCAAAGUUCAUGAGAAAUGCCAAGAGCUGCUGAACGCUGACUGCCUGCAAAGAGCAGCAGAGAAAAGUUCGAAGACGGGGGCGGAAGAUCGGACGCAGCACAUCAUCAUGGCUAUGAAGGACCGCAUGAAGAUCCGCGAGAGAAACAAGCCUGAGAUCUUCGAGGAGAUCCGGAAAGUGUUUGUCAUUUCUAAGAUGAUUCAUGCUCAGCACAUGAAGAGCAUCAAGCAGAGUGUGCUGGACGGCACCUCCAAAUGGUCUGCCAAUAUCACCAUCACAGUGGUUAGCGCCCAGGGUCUGCAGGCCAAGGACCGGACCGGCUCCAGCGACCCGUACGUCACCAUCCAGGUGGGGAAAACCAAGAAGAGAACAAAGACCAUCUACGGAAACCUGAAUCCUGUCUGGGAUGAAAAGUUCAGCUUCGAGUGCCAUAAUUCAUCGGACCGGAUCAAACUCCGAGUGUGGGACGAGGACGACGACAUCAAGUCGCGAGUGAAGCAGCGACUAAAGAGAGAGUCGGACGACUUCCUGGGUCAGACCAUCAUCGAGGUCCGAACCCUGAGUGGAGAAAUGGACGUCUGGUACAACCUGGAGAAGAGAACCGACAAGUCUGCGGUGUCCGGCGCCGUCCGCCUUCAGAUCAGCGUGGAGAUCGAGGGGGAGGAGAAGGUGGCGCCGUACCAUGUGCAGUACACCUGCCUUCACGAGAACAUGUUUCACUACUCGACGGACAUCGAGGGAGGCGGAAUGGUGAAGAUGCCGUCCGCUCAGGGCGAUGAUGCCUGGAAGGUCUACUUUGACGAAGUUCAACAGGAAGUCGUGGACGAGUUUGCGAUGCGCUACGGCGUGGAGUCCAUCUACCAGGCCAUGACGCAUUUCUCCUGCCUGUCCUCUAAGUACAUGCUGUCAGGAGUGCCGGCAGUGAUGAGCACCCUGCUGGCCAACAUCAAUGCCUUCUACGCCCACCCCACUGCCUCCACAAACGUCUCCGCUCCCGCCAGAUUCGCUGCCUCCAACUUUGGGAGGGAUCGUUUUGUGAAGCUCCUGGAUCAGCUGCACAACUCUUUGAGAAUCGACCUCUCCAUGUACAGAAAUAACUUCCCAGCCAGCAACAAGGCUCGACUCAGCGAUCUGAAAUCGACGGUAGAUCUUCUCACCAGCAUCACCUUCUUCAGGAUGAAGGUCCUGGAGCUGCCGAGCCCGCCCAGAGCCGCCAACGUGGUCCGGGACUGCGUCAAGGCCUGCCUGAACUCCACCUACGAAUACAUCUUCAACAACUGCCUGGAGCUCUUCAGCCGCCAGUUCCAGCCUGCCGACCCGCAGCCUGAGGAGAAAAAAAAGAAGAAGAAAAAGAAGGAGAAAGCUGAGGGAGAAGCAGAGGAUGGUGAAGAGGAGGAGGAGGAGGAAGAGGAGGAAGAAGAGGAAGAGGAGAAAAAAGAGGAGAGUCAGCCUGAAGAGCAAGGUCCGAGCAUCCAGAACCUGGACUUCUGGCCGAAGCUCAUCACGCUGAUCGUGUCCAUCAUCGAGGAAGAUAAAAACUCUUACACGCCCGUCAUCAACCAAUUUCCUCAGGAACUCAACGUGGGUAAAGUCAGCGCUGAGGUCAUGUGGACUCUCUUUGCUCAGGACAUGAAAUAUGCUCUGGAAGAGCAUGAGAACCAUAAGCUGUGCAAGUCUUCAGACUACAUGAACCUGCACUUCAAAGUCAAGUGGCUGUACAACGAGUAUGUGAAGGAGCUGCCCGCCUUCGCAGACGCUGUGCCUGAAUACUCAGCGUGGUUCCUCCAGUUUGUUCUGGCCUGGCUGGCCGAGAACGAGGAGGUGUCGAUGGAGUUCAUGUCCGGAGCUCUGGAGAGAGACAAGAGAGAAGGGUUCCAGCAAACAUCGGAGCACGUUCUGUUCUCCAGUUCAGUGGUGGACAUCUUCACUCAACUCAACCAGAGCUUUGAGAUCAUCAAGAAACUGGAGUGUCCUGAUCCCACAGUGGUGGCCCAGUAUAACAGACGCUUUGCCAAGACCAUUACCAAGGUUCUGCUGCAGUACUGUGCGGUUCUGGCCAAGAGUUUUCCAUCGUAUUGUGAGAAAGAGAAGAUACCCUGUGUGCUGAUGAACAACGUCCAGCAGAUGAGAGUCCUGCUGGAGAAAAUGUUUGAGUCGAUGGGAGCAAAACAGUUGGAUACUGAAGCCGCCAACAUCCUCAACGAACUCCAGGUGAAGCUCAACACCGUCCUGGACAACUUUAGUGCCGUGUUUGCCAAAAGUUUCCAGAAUCGUAUCAAUGGCUGCAUGCGACAGAUGGCGGAGAUCCUCUACCAGAUGAAAGGCCCACCCAACCACAACACUGCAGAGGCGGACGCCGACACAACGCUGAGGCCCCUGAUGGAGUUCCUGGACGGGAACCUCAGCAUUUUCGCUGACGUCUGUGAGAAAACGGUGCUGAAGAGAAUCCUGAAGGACCUGUGGAAGAUCGUCCUGGGCAGCCUGGAGCGGAUCGUCGUCCUUCCUCAGAGCAACGACAGCCUGGGAGCUCAGCUCCUCACAGCAGCGAAAGGACUCUCGAAUCUCAAGGGAGGAGCUGAAGCCAAAACUUUGACUCCUAAGCAAUGUGUGAUUAUUGAUGCAGGACUGGAGACCAUCAAGCAAUACUUCCACGCUGGAGGAAACGGGCUCAAGAAGGCAUUCGUUGAGAAAAGUCCUGAGCUAGCGUCUCUGCGCUACGCUCUCUCUCUCUACUCCCAGAGCACCGACGCACUAAUCAAAACCUUCGUCACCACGCAGCAUUCCCAAGUGCAUGAUGGGAUUGGCAUCAGAAUCACUGGUAAUGAGAAGAUUAAACCCGACAGAGGCUCUGGGGUGGAGAAGCCAAUCGGAGAGGCUGUUCUGCAGAUCGACAUGCUGCUCGGAAAGGAACGCAAGAUCAACGUCAGGGUCAUUGCGGUGAACGACAUGAAGUGGCAGACCUCCGGGAUGUUUCGUCCGUUUGUCGAGGUCUCCAUCGUCGGCCCCUUUUUGGCCGACAAGAAGCGAAAGUUCACCACGAAAUCUAAGAACAACAGCUGGACCGCGAAGUUCAACGAGACUUUCCAGUUCGUUUUGGGUAAGGAGUCCCCGGACUGCUACGAGCUCCAGGCGACGGUGAAGGAUUACUGCUUCGGCCGGGCGGACCGCGUGGUCGGCUUGGCCGUGCUGCAGCUGAGAGACGUGGCCGACAGGAAGAGCUGCGUGUGCUGGUGUCCCCUCGGGCCGCGCGUCCGCACCGACGACACGGGCCUGACGGUGAUGCGUAUCCUGUCCCAGCGGCCAGCCGACGAGGUGGCCAAGGAGUUUGUGAAGCUGAAGUCCGAAACCCGGCCGGCGGAGGAGGGCAGAUGAGCCGAUUCUGACUCAGGACUGAGUGAUCGCUGUGUUUCCACUGAAAAAUGCGCAAAUUGAAAUUAUGAAAAAUGAUUCGCUUAAUGGAAACACGCCAGUUUAUUAAAAAAAAAACAGCAGCUGCUACUGUUCCUAAAUAUCUGAUGCAGAACUGAUGCGGUUUUAAAAGUAAUCAAUUCCCCUUAAACCGGGAAAGUUUCCAAUGGUUUGUUUUGUUUCUCCUUGAAAAAUAUUCACUCGCUGUUUCCAUUAAACAUAACAUUCUGCAAAUUGAAAUUAUGAAAAUAGAUUAUCUUAAUGGAAACACGGCAAGUUAAAAAAAACACACAUUUUUGAUGAAAAGGUUUUAGCACUAAGAUGAUGUUUUUAUCAAAAUUGUUUUAUUUCGUAUCACGAGUCACAUGAUCAACAACCCGACGUUUCUACUGGCAGAAAUCUCAUGUUUACAUCUGAGUUUUAAUGAUUUAUCGUCUGAACGGCUUAAUCACAAGUGAUUUUAAUUUCAUUUUUUGUGAAUUGACAGAUUUGCACACAUUUGUAAUACAAAUGCAGCUUCUGAUUGUAUAUGGCAAUUCAACUUGCUACUUAUAAAACAUCAUUUAUUGGGCGCAUUUUCAAAGAUCUUAAUAUCCCACAACAAAUUAUAGAUUUUUGGAGUAUCAAAUGUAUUUGUUUUGGUUGCAUUUACCCAGAAUGCAUUGCACUGCGGUCCACUUCCUGCUUUUGGAGCAGUCUCUGGUUCGCUUUGCACCUUUUAACUACUGUGAGUCUUUGAGUCCUCAUAAAUAUCUCUUGUGCCAUCAGUACCACCGUUUAUUCUGACACUGGACUCAAUGUGAGGGGAUGAUGGAAGAAAACUCUCCGUAAAUUAGUCUGAAAAUUCAGUAGCAAAUGGUUUCUUCUUCUUCUAUCCCUGUUGGGUUCAAGGCUGAUUUCACAGCUUAACUCCACCGAUCAACUCGUAGCACCAGAUGUGUCUUAAAGGAAGUAGAUGUUUUAAUUCUGUUCCCAACAGGAAGUGUGUCAUAUCCAAUCGGUGUUGCUUUUAAUCAUUGAACGGCUGGUGCAAAAAUCAUACAGGACUACGAUGAUGUAGCAAGUUCUCAUUUAUGACAAAGCCUUAAACUGAUGGUGAGCUGCCAAGGUUGGUUCAGUUUACAGUAAGCUGGUGUUUGUUUGAGGCACCAUUAACAGAAUUUUAGAUUUUUUCACUGCAUUUAGUUUCCACAAGCAGAAGAACGAUUCAGACGGUUUAACCUUAAAAUGUAUCCAUAUGUUGGUGGGCACAUUUGGCUAACCUGCUAAUAGAAAUGCUCAUUUUUCAUUUAGUGUUUAGUAAUUUCCUUGGCUGUUUUGUAAGCAGCCAAGUUAUCAACUUAAGAAUCGAUCAGGUAGUUGGAGGUUUUUAUUCAUGCUUUUAUUUUGAAGCGAGUCGAGACUGUUUCAGCAGCAGUUCCAUUUCCUGUCCUAGCUGUGUAAUAAAUUUCACUGUUCAGGGUUUCAUAACAUGUCAGAGAGUGAGUGCAAACAUGGUUGAAUUUAGCAUUAGCUUCUGCUAAACACCAUGUUCUAACAUUUUAGCUUUGGGUUUAGCGUAGCUAACUUUUUAGGUAGCAGUGCCCCCCACUGCGGUCUCUAAACAAACCUGCAGCAUUGAUCAAACCGAAUGGCGCACAUCGUUUAGUUCUACGCCUGAUUACGUGCCAAGGAUGGCGAAUGUUCAGCGAGUCGCAUUUUUUCUGUGUUUCAGUUUCUUUCUGAGACAAAUGUGGCCUUUUUACAGUUUCAUACUUUGCCGAAAUCCGCCAAGCCCUUAUUAAACCGAACAGUCUGCAGUGAGUUGAAGACCUACGGCCACAUCUGGAGUGACAGCUGGACACUUGCACUCUGCUUAGAGCAAAAUUGUAAAAUUAUAAAAGCAUGUAUUUAUUGUACACAAAAUCCACUAGAUUUGUGAUUUUUGUUUCCUGUAUGUACUGUGAAAUCGAGUAAAUUUAUGAAAUUAUAAAUCUCCCAAUGUGACAUAUGUUGAAUAUACUUGUAACAACAUUUUGUACAUAAAAUAUUUAUGA